AUGUUUAAUGUUGUUCAUGUUGAUGAAAAAUGGUUUUAUAUGACUAAAGAAUCCAAAAGGUACUAUCUUCAUCCUGAGGAAGAGCAACCUCUUCGAACAUGUAAGAGCAAAAAAUUCAUUGCAAAGGUUAUGUUUCUAGCUGCUGUAGCUCGACCUCAGUUUGAUUGCUCUUACUACCGAGAAUUUGAUGGCAAAAUUGGUAAUUUUCCCUUUGUACUAAAAGAGCCGACAAAAAGGAAUAGUAAAAAUUGGAUUGCUGGUACAUUAGAAACGAAGCCAAUAUUGUCAGUGGCUAAAGAGAUGUAUAGAAGAUGCCUAAUUGAAAAGGUUUUGCUUGCAAUACACAGUAAAUGGCCACGUGAGAAUGGUACUGAAAUUUUCAUCCAACAAGAUAAUGCCAAACCACAUAUUAAUCCCAUAGAUUCUGAAUUUAUUGAGGCUGCUUCAAUGGAUGGAUUUGAUAUUCACUUGUUAUUUCAGCCUCCUAAUAGCCCAGACAUGAAUGUUCUUGAUUUAGGAUAUUUUAGGGCCAUACAAUCACUUCAACAUCAAGAAGCGCCCAAAACAAUUGAUGAGCUAAUCCUUGCUGUUGAAAAAUCAUUUGAUCAACUAUCAACUGACAGCCUCAACAAUGUUUUCUUAACAUUGCAAUCAUGUAUGGUAGAGGUGAUGAAGAACUUAGGGGAAAACAAUUACAAGUGCCGCACAUUGGAAAGCAUCAUUUAA